CUGCCCGUUCUUAGGUGCAGUUCCAGUGGUCCUUUUGAUCGUUCGUCAUAAAUCGAACGAUCGUAGCAGCUGUCGUGCAGUGUGCAGUGUGAGGCUAGUACGCAAAACGUUUGUGCAUCAUGUUGAAGACGGUGGUACUAUUGGCCGUAGUUAGUGUAAUUGGAGCGCAGAAGCAGCAUCAGCAACCGCAUCAGCAGCAGCUACAGCAACAACAGUCGUUGCCCCGCUAUAAGGAAAUUCCUAUAGUGAAUUUGGAAAAUGUGCUCGAAGUUGACGGGAAGUUUCGGUACAGCUACGAAGGUGGUGAUGGUACACGUGCCGCGCAGGACGGUCAGCAGAUAGUGGUGAACAAUCAGGUCGGGACAGCUUCCCAGGGCCAGUACACAUAUCAGGGCGAUGAUGGUAAAACGUACUCCAUCUCGUACAUAGCGGACGAAAAUGGUUACCGGCCGGUGGGUGAUCAUUUGCCCACACCACCACCAGUUCCUGCACCGAUUGCUCGUGCCUUGGCACAUCUGGCAACGUUGCCACCGAGCAAGGAAGGGCCGGGCCGGAAGUUCUAGACGGAAGGUGGCUGUGUUGGAUGUGUAAAUGCCGCGAGCAGUUGUGCGAUAAAUUGGCGUAUAAUAAAACUGCUUUUCCGCUUGUUUUAUUAAUUA